AUGGCCGGCAGCACAAGGACGCUGCCAAGACGGCGAUGCUGGCUCCUGGGCUUCCUGGGCCUGGAAGGCCGGAGCGAGGUGGCCUGGAAUCACCGAGUGCCAGCCAACGAGCCAUCUGGUCCAUGGCGCUCCGUCUUCAAGGAACGGGAUCCGGCGGUGGAAGGUUGGCUGAGAUCUCCAGCAGAUCCCGGCGUGCUUGCAUUGCGCCAACACCUGGAGAGCGAAAACUGCAUGUCGGGGAUGCCGGCAUUCUCGCCGUCAAGUGCUGAGUUCAACGUGUCCCGUGCGUUGGAGAGCUUUCAGAUCAACGGAUUCGUGGUGCUGGACAAUGCACUGUCAAAGCUACAACUUGAGGACUUGCGCAAGGCUUGCAGCAAUAUCAUGGACCAGAUCUUUGCAUCUGAUCCUGAAGGAAGUUUCGGUGGAGGAGCAGGGAAGCUGCCACAUCGUUAUAGUUUGGGGGACUCUUCGAGGACCAAGUCCAAUUUCCACCUGCAGGCCUACGCUUCCCUGGUGGACCUAGAGACCACGACUCCGCUCUUGAUGGCUAUUUUCGGAUCGCAUGAGUACCUCGCGGCAGGUUGUGGGGGCGAUGUUGCUUUGGCUGGUGCAAUUGAGUACCAAGCUCUGCACCCUGACGCCAUUUGGGGCCCGCUUGACAAGCAUGUUGCAGACUACGACAUGCCACCCGCCGUGACGGUGAAUUUCGCGUUGGAAGACCUCACUGCGAUCAAUGGUCCGAUGCGGGUGGUGCCCGGUUCUCAUCGCUGGCGGCAUCGCCCUCCAACAUUGCGCGAGGAACCUGACUGGAUGUUGCUGAACACACUGUGCCCGAUAAAAGCAGGAGCCGCAAUUCUUCGGGACAACCGACUUUGGCACGGUGGCACUCCUAACCUUUCCGACAGGAUGCGGGCCCUGCCUAACAUGGAGUAUUUCCCUCCUGGAGCCCUGCCUUCUUUGGGUUGGCUGGAUCGGCACACGAUGCCGUGGCAGAUCUGGAAGGAUCUUCCUCCCCUCGCACAGUACAUUUCUCGAUACGUUGUGGCCCCGCCUGAAGAGUCCAUCCCGGGGGUCAACGAAUACUCCCCAGCAGCGAUUCUUGAGAUCAUGCCCUUCCUGCGAUAG